CAAGCAGUGAUGGAGGACAGUAGUGGCAUUGCAAACAAUGUGGCAAGAGCCGUUGUGGCUGCCCUAGACUGGAACUCCCCUCCAGAUGCUCGCAAAGCCGCCCAUUCUUACUUAGAAUCCGUACAAACAGGGGAUGUACAUGUCUUGGCAAAUACAUCAUUUCUUUUAGUUAAGAAAGAUUGCUCUUCUGAAAUUCGGUUGCAUGCUUUUAAAAUGCUCCAGCAUUUAGUGCGGUUCCGCUGGGAUGACUUAAGCCCUGCAGAACGGAGAAACUUUGCAAAUGUUGCUGUGGAUUUGAUGUCUGAAAUUGCAAUCCCUUCUGAGGAAUGGGCCUUGAAAAGUCAGACCGCGGCUCUCGUUGCUGAGAUAGUUAGGAGAGAAGGCUUAAAUCUAUGGCAGGAGCUUCUUCCCUCUCUAGUUUCACUUUCCAACAACGGUCCUAUACAAGCUGAGUUGGUCUCAAUGAUGUUGCGAUGGCUUCCAGAAGAUAUCACUGUUCAUAAUGAGGAUUUAGAAGGUCUGUAG